CAAGAUGAUUUCUUUAACAAGUUUGAAGAAAGUAGCGUAUUUGAUUAAAAGAGUAUAUGUGUUCCAACAGUAGACAGCAAAGUACAUACUUGACAGUGGCUAUCAAAUUACCAAAACACCCACGUGAACCACCAUUCAAUUCCAACAAUUCAAUGUCAUUUUAGUACUUCCAUGAUUUAAGAUAAAUUUGUCACAAUGUUGACCACUCAAAGAGAGGGUUAGGUAAGACAAACCAAUAGAUUCAAACUCUUUAUAAAAACACAAACACCAAACUCAAGAUUCAUUUGCUCACUAAAAAUGGGUACCUCAAAUUCCAUCCUGCCUCUUUUUUUCUUAUGUAUCUAUAUUUCAUCAAUCUCAUCAUCAUAUUCUAUAGUAUCAUCUUCUAUCCCGCCCGAAUUCUCCAUCCUCGAGGGUCAAGAAACCGAUAUAUUAUCGUCUAAAAAAGUGUCUGAACUAUUCUUAAAAUGGAAAGAGUUGCAUGGAAAGACAUAUGAGCAUGAACAAGAGGAAGAGCUUAGGCUUAAGAACUUUCACAAUAGCUUGAAGUAUGUAUUGGAGAAAAACUCAAAGAGGAAGUCUGAGUUGGAUCAUACAGUGGGAUUGAACAAGUUUGCUGAUUUAAGUAAUGAAGAGUUUAAAGAAAUGUAUUUUUCAAAAAAUAAGGGGCCUAGAAGUAACAAAUUGAAGAUGGGGGAUGAAAAGAGUGAUUCGACUCUAAGUUUGAGGACUUGUAAUGCUCCCGAUUCUUUGGAUUGGAGGGACAAGGGAGUCGUUACACCAAUCAAGGAUCAAGGACAGUGUGGAAGUUGUUGGGCGUUUUCUGUAACCGGAUCCAUGGAAGGUGCAUACGCAUUAGCCACUGGGGAGCUCAUUAGCCUCUCGGAGCAAGAGCUCGUUGAUUGUGACACGUAUGACUAUGGGUGCUCUGGUGGAAACAUGGACACUGCUUAUAACUGGGUUAUCAAGAAUGGUGGGCUUGAUUCUGAAGCCGAUUAUCCCUAUACUAGCUCUAACGGUCGCGAGGGUAGAUGUGACAAAACAAAGUCAAAAACGUCAGUUGUAUCGAUUAAGAGCUAUGUGGAAGUAGAUUCGAAUGAAGAUGCAGUCCUUUGUGCUGCGGCACAACAACCUGUUACCAUUGGCAUCGUUGGUUCAGCUUAUGAUUUUCAGCUAUACACUGGGGGUAUAUAUAAUGGACAAUGCUCAAGCAGUCCAUAUGACUUGGACCAUGCGGUGCUGAUUGUUGGCUAUGGUUCACAAGAUGGUCAGGACUACUGGAUCGUCAAGAACCAAUGGGGUACCUAUUGGGGCCUUGACGGCUACAUUCUAAUGGCACGGAACACUAAUAACAAGAACGGGGUUUGUGGGAUGUACCUUGAGGCAAUGUACCCUAUCACUUCAGCCCCAGCGCCACCUGGUCCACCAGCACCACCAUCUCCACCACCUCCUCCACCUUCACCAACACCUAGCAAGUGUGGUGACUUCUCAUACUGUGCUAAAGACCAGACAUGCUGCUGCAUUUUUGAGUUUUAUAACUAUUGUUUUAUGUAUGGUUGCUGCGGCUACACCAACGCUGUGUGUUGCAAGGGAUCCUCAUAUUGUUGCCCUAGUGAUUAUCCUAUUUGCGACAUUAGAGCAGGAUACUGUUACAAGUCAUCUGCACGUACGGUUGGAGUGCCAGCAAAGAAAAGACAACUCGCGAAGCACAAGAUGCCAUGGGAGAAGAUCGAGCAAACACUUGUGGAAGACUACCAACCUUUCCCAUGGAAAAGGAACCAAUUUGCUGUAGCAGCUUAAAAACAUUAAAGGGAUCGAUGUUUUUUUUAUCAGAUCCAGUAUCUGUGUAAUAUUGUGUAUGUUUUAGAAACUCUGUACCGCGUUACAUAACUGUAUGCUUGAUAAUUGAUGCAAUACUUGCUAA